CCGCUCACUUCAGUUCUCGGCCGAUUUUUGCCAACUUUGGGGCCCUCGGGUUCCGUCCCCGUGCAGCCCUUUUAACUUGUUGCUGUAAUACUGCGCCGCGCGCCCUUUGGAGCAGCCGGCGAGCGAGGGCGGUGUCUUCCUGCGUGGCUCGUGAGCAUGCGCAGAUCGCUCGAGCGAGCGCAGCCGCAGCCGGGACUGUGACGGAGCGGAUGGAGCGGGAGCCGGGGGCUGUGGGGCCCGCGCGGGCGUUGGAGCCGCUGCGGCACCUCCGCGAAGCGCUGCGGGCGGCGCUGUCCCGGAUCCGAGAAGGGGAGUCGCGGGAGAGCAGCGAGACCUUCGAGCAGCAGCGCUUCUGGGACACGCUAGGUCAGACGUUCAAAGCGACAUCCCAGGAAGCUACGAAGUUGAGUCUGGCAUUCUCAAGGCCUCCACUGCCUUCUGCAGAGGACUGUCAGAAACUGAGUGAUGGUGUCCAGAAUGCUGUCCUGGCAGCUGCCGCAGUGUAUUACUGGCUUCCCAAGGACCAAGGUACCACUCUGCGGAAGAUGGUGCGAGAUGCCACUGCCGAGGUAGUGGAAGGAAUGAUCCAGCUCACAGACGUGAUUCUCAGUACUCCACUGCAGAGUUUGUCUCAGGAGCAGCUUAUAUCAACUGGUAGCAUAUGGGAGGCAUGUGAGCAGAUUUCCCAUCUGCCACAAGAUAACCAGGCAGCAGUCCUGUCAGCCAUGUCCGCCUAUCUGGGUGUGGUCAGGGAUGCGGUGGAGGAAAUGGAGCAGGCUCAGGGGGAAGAUCAGGACCCCUACAGUGACAUCAUGGAGGAUGAGGAGCUGGGCUCUCGGGGCAAUAGGGACACCUACUGGUCUGAGGCUGACCGAAAGCUACUUGGCCCCUGCAUGGGGCUGAUGAAGGCCUCCAAAGCCUGCCUGAAGAAGCUCUUGGGUGCAGUGAAGGUUCAUGGCAAAGCAGACACCCCAGAACAGGUGGCUCAGCUAGAUGAUCUUGCAGACAUCACCAAUGAGAUCAGCCCGAGUGUUGAUGAACUGGCACUGAGCAUGUAUCCACCCAUGAACCAGCUGGCUGUGCGACUCAAUGCUGCCAAACUGGCCUCUGUAUUAAAGAAAGUCCUAGAAAUUACAAAGUACUUACAGACAGAUCAAGUCACCCUUUUGCCUUUUUGGGCAAGCCAUGUGUGUCCCCCAUCAGAGGAAGGCUGGGUUCAGUUUCUCACUGUUGCAGUAGAUCACAACAUGGACAAAAUUAAGGACUUCACGCAGAGUGAACUUUAAUGCUUCUGCGGCCAGGGUCUCUAACAGCUGCCUUUCUGGUGCAUCUGGUAAUUCCCUGAAUAUAGGGAGAGCAAUGGGGUUGGUGUUUGAGGGAAGAGCUUUUUCAACCUGGAAGAACUUUGCAAAUGCAAAGUGUGACUUGCUGGUCUUCUCUGGCAAUUGCCAACACUGCCACCCUUGAUUUGUUUCCUGGGACAAUGAGAAGUUGCAUCUUGAUGUUGUGAAUGUGUCUUGCCCCCUUGGACUUGGCUCUAGGGCUGCCCUACAGGGCAGAAAGGGCAAUAAAAUGUCACUAGGUUCA